AUGUUGCGUGUGAUAGGUUUACGUGGAUGAUAUAAGGAGACAUGGCAGAGUUAUGAGUUAUGAGCGAUCGAGGAGAGGUAGUGAGCGAGAAAGAAAAGAGCAGAUAUGAUAAUGACAGGGCAGAUAGCCUUGAUCGAGAAAAUGAAAAAGCCAUACAUAAUGGCGAAGAGAUGCGAUUGGGAAAGUUUCAGAAAAUAUUUCCGGAAACACAAAGAGCUGUUGGACAAGCAAGUAGACUUGCACCACAGCACUCCUCUACACUACGCAGCACACUGUGGGAACCCAGAAAUGUACAAGGAGAUGCUGGGGCUGGUGCGUGAGGAAGACAUAAAGCGCGUGCUGAGGUUGCAGGACGACAUGGGGAACACGCCGCUUCACGAGGUGGCGUUCACCGGAGAAGUCGAAAUGACUAAGAGCAUUCUCGAGUACGAGGAGAAGCCAGGGUCUGAUCAGUAUCAGCCACUGCUUGAAAUGCGAAACCACUUGGGAGAAACACCCGUUUAUAGGGCUGCCGCGCUUGGAAAAACCGACUUGCUUGCUUACUUCCUUCUUGUGUGUCGCGUUGACACCGCUAAUCAUUUUCACAGGACGGCGGAUAAGAUGUCCAUUCUUCACACUGCUGUCAUUGACCAGUUCUUCGGCACAGCCUUAUGGUUAUUGAGACGGUAUAGCGACCUAGCUUAUGAAAAGGAAGACAAUGGACUCACAACUCUGCAAUUGCUAGCAAAAAUGCCUUCUACAUUUAAAAGUCAAACCAAAAUGGGGCUUAUCAAAAAUUUCUUAUACCCUUUGCUUCCUGACUUUCAAGAUUACAAAUACUACCAUCAAAAUAAGGAGUGUGACACAAAAAAGGGAGAUUUGGAAAGUGGUGAGAGAAGCAAAAAGGAACCACCCCCAACUCAAAGGAAACUCUCAGCUUUUCAUUGGAUGUGGUGUACUAUGUGGAAGAUUGUGGCCAAAGAAUGGAAAGAGAUUGAUAAACUUUGGAGGAAAAAGGAAAUGCAUAAUUUAGCAAAGGAACUUGUAUACUUGCUAGCACAAAAAGACUAUUCAUGGCGAAAUACAGCCAUAGCAAGGGAUAGAACAGUUUCCAUGGGGAGAUCACAUCCCGAAGGAAGGCAAAAAGAAAAAGAUGGUGAGGAACACAAGGAAGAAAAGAAACAUGAGGAUGCAAGAAAACCUACAUAUACCCCAUUGCUUAUGGCUGCUUGCAAUGGAAUUACAGAGAUUGUUGAAUUAAUAAUUCGUUUCAAUCCUCAUUCAAUUGAGCAUGUUAGUGAAGAUGAACAAAACAUAUUGUACAUGGCUGUCAAACACCGCCAACAUGAAAUUUACCUUAUCUUAAAGAAAUUGAAAAUGGUGAGAAGUCUUGCUGGAAAAAUAGACAAGGAAAGUAACACUGUCCUUCACUACACCGCAGAAUUUCAAGGGGGGUCCCAACCUGGUUAUGCUAUGCAACUGCAAGAGGAAUUGCAUUGGUUCGAUCGCAUACACAAGAGACUCCCUUAUCAUUACACUAUUCACAAGAACAACCACAACAAAACCGCAAAGGAACUUUUUAUGGAAAAGCAUGCACCACUGCUCAAGGAUGCUCGUGAAUGGAUAAAAGAGACUGCACAAUCAUGCUCCGCAGUAGCUGUUCUUGUUGCCACUGUGGUCUUUGCAGCAGCAUACACUGUCCCUGGAGGCAAUGAUAAUGAUGGCUUCCCUAAAUUUCUUCACCACCCCAUUUUCUUGGUGUUCACAAUCAUGGAUGUUUUGGCUCUCGUAAGUUCAUUGGCUUCGGUGAUUAUGUUCCUCUCGAUCCUCACAUCACCCUGUGAGAUGUGGGAUUUUCGAAGGUCUCUCCCUCGGAAACUCAUGGCAGGUUUUGCCUUGCUGUUCUUCUCCAUGGCCACAACAAUGCUAUCAUUCAGUGCAACGAUUCUUAUCAACAUCAAGUUAGAGCAGAACAAAUGGACUUCAAGUUUGACAUAUUGUGCUGCAUUCUUCCCUGUCUGCAUAUUUGCAUUGGUGCAGUUUCCUCUAUAUGUUGCCAUCAAAGGAUGUGUGAGGAGCAUCCUUAGGAGACUUAAGAAGAUCAUUCCUCGUUUCCUUCUCAAGUUGCUCAAAAAGGGUAGGAGAAAGAAAUUAUGGGAAAUUUGAAUUGGAAACUGUCUAUUUUCUAUCCAUUUUUGGUUGUUUGCAUUUGGCAAUGCCAUUUUACUUUUUCAAACUUACAUUGAUUGUACAUUGAUUGUAUGGGUCAUUUGUGGUAAAAUAACCAUU